GAGAGAGCGUUUUAUUUGAAGGACAAAGUUGCGUGCGGGUGAGAAUAAUUACAAAUUUUCUUUUGUAUAGUGGGUCCAAUAUCCGACGUGGUAAAAUACCAUUGGCUGAAACAAUAUAGAGAGAAAUAGAGAAAGUGACUUGAGCUCUCUCUCUGCUCUCUUUCUCGGGUUGGCCUUAAGCGGUGGUUUUUCUUUUCUUUUCGUUUUUUUUUAGGCGGAGAAAGUGGAGGACAUGGAAGAAGAGCUUGCCAUGCUUAGGCAGCUCAUCGGUCAGCUUCACGACCUCUUAAAUCUCUACGGCUCUCCUCCUCCUCCUCUUCCGCCGCCGUUUCACCUCCGUCACCAGCCUUUUCUCGAACUCCGCAACCACCACCAUCACCACGUCGACAACCGCAACAGAUGGUGUGUCCUUGAUAUCAAUGAUGGUUCAGCAGAUGAUUACUGUGAUCUUGUGAUGGCAGCUGGAAAAUCAGGACGCUGCAAGAUGUUGGAGCCUUCCAAGCCUCCACCCUCCAAGAAAUCAAAAAAGGAGCGGAACAGAGGAAAAUUACUUGGAACUACCAAUACGACUGAGGUCAUGGAAGAAGAAAUAUGGAAAGAUUUUCCAGAAGACCUUUUUGAAGCUGUAAUUGCCAGACUUCCCAUUGCUACAUUUUUCCGCUUUCGCACAGUUUGUCGAAAAUGGAAUUCCUUGCUAAGCUCUGAGAGUUUCUCUCAGCACUGCACCAAAGUUCUGCAAGCCAACCCUUGGUUUUACACUAUCACUCAUGAAAAUGUGAAUUCUGGUGCUAUCUAUGAUCCUUCCUUGAAGAAAUGGCAUCACCCCACUAUAUCUUCUCUUCCCACUAAGAUGAUCGUCUUGCCAGUUGCUUCUGCAGGGGGUCUUGUGUGCUUUAUUGAUAUCGGUCAUAGAAACUUUUAUGUCUGCAACCCUCUAACUCAAUCAUUUAAAGAGUUGCCAGCAAGGUCAGUUAAGGUCUGGUCUCGCAUUGCUGUGGGGAUGACCUUGAACGGAAGUGCGACCAGUGGAGGGUACAAGAUCCUUUGGGUAUGCUGUGAUGGAGAGUAUGAGGUUUAUGACUCGUUGAAGAACUCUUGGAUUCGACCAGGAAGCAUGCCAGCUAAUAUUAAGCUACCACUAUUGCUGAACUUCCGGUCACAGGCAGUUUCCAUUGAUGCUACAGUCUAUUUCAUGCGUUCGGACCCUGAAGGAAUUGUGUCCUACAAUAUGGUUACUGGGGUAUGGAGACAAUUUAUAAUACCUGCCCCACUCCAUCUGAGUGACCACACUCUUGCAGAGUACGGUGGCCGAAUCAUGCUCGUGGGAUUGCUUAGUAAGAAUGCAGCCACGUGUGUGUGCAUAUGGGAGCUGCAGAAGAUGACGCUCUUGUGGAAGGAGGUUGACAGAAUGCCAAAUAUCUGGUGCUUAGAAUUUUAUGGGAAGCACGUUAGGAUGACUUGCUUGGGCAACAAAGGUUUGCUCAUGUUGUCUCUGAGAUCAAGACAAAUGAACCGACUAGUUACAUACAAUGUGAAGAGCAGGGAAUGGCUCAAGGUUCCUGGUUGCUUGGUGCCACGUGGGAGAAAACGGCAGUGGAUUGCAUGCGGCACUGCUUUCUAUCCAUGCCUUACUGCUACAGCUUGAUUUAUGUAGCGCCAUCUGCAUGUCAAUGCAGUGAUUUUGGUUUCAGUAUGCUACUAUGGUCAGUCGAUUUUGGCUGCAAGCUGUAGCUGCUACUUGUAUCCAGCCCAACUUUCUGUGUUAAUUUAAUGAAGCAGAUGAUCAAGGGGAUGAUUGUACAAACAUGUUGAAAAAUAACUUUGAAUGGGAAAGACUACGUUCUAAA